CGGCGGUUGUGGUGACUGAGCGGAGCCCAGUGACAGGAUGGUGAGGGCGGCAGCUGCGGCGACAGAGGCCUGCCUCUCGUUGGUGUUGGUAUUAGGAGACCUGCACAUCCCACACCGGUGCAACAGUUUGCCAGCUAAAUUCAAAAAACUGCUGGUGCCAGGAAAGAUUCAGCACAUUCUCUGCACUGGAAACCUUUGUACCAAAGAGAGUUAUGACUAUCUCAAGACUCUGGCUGGUGAUGUUCAUAUUGUGAGAGGAGACUUCGAUGAGAAUCUGAAUUAUCCAGAACAGAAAGUCGUAACUGUUGGGCAGUUCAAAAUUGGUUUGAUCCAUGGACAUCAAGUUAUUCCAUGGGGAGAUAUGGCCAGCUUAGCCCUGUUGCAGAGGCAGUUUGAUGUGGAUAUUCUUAUUUCAGGACACACACAUAAAUUUGAAGCAUUUGAGCAUGAAAAUAAAUUCUACAUUAAUCCAGGUUCUGCCACUGGAGCAUAUAAUGCCUUGGAAACAAACAUUAUUCCUUCAUUUGUGUUGAUGGAUAUCCAGGCUUCUACAGUUGUCACUUAUGUGUAUCAGCUAAUUGGAGACGACGUGAAAGUAGAACGAAUUGAAUACAAAAAAUCUUAAAGCGAGGCGUGUCCUGAUGAUAUUUCUGUUGGGCUUUUUUUUUUUUUCCAUUCCCCUGUUCAACUCAAGUAAUUAAAUGUUUAAGAGCCACAAAAUUGUAUCACUUUUAUAAUAUUUUGCAGUAAAAUGUAAUCUCGUCUUCUGUUAAUACAAUGUUCUAAGCUUCUUGUAAACUAUAAGAUUAUAUUUAGUUUAAGUAUAUGAUUUCUAUGAAAAAACAUCCACCACACAGUAAAUGGUCACAUGUUAAGAAAAAUUUAUCCUUGUAAAUAUCUUCAUAGUUGAUAUUUGGAACUUUACUACCAAAGUAGUGCAUGAGGAGAAAGAAUCUAGAUUUUCUUGUAUACAUUCUUCUCUUCUCCAGUAAUAAACAGUUACCUUUCAUUUAUA